AUGGAGAUUCUUGAUGACCAUGUUGCUCCCCUUAACGUUCUGAAAGGCAAAGCUCAUGCACAAAUGCACAUCGUGCCCCUUCCUAACCGCAUUAUCCCGAGCAAUAUGUUUUCCCCACUGCCAUCACAGAUGCAUGUAACGCCCCCUCUAACGCCGCAUAGCUCGCUGGAAGAUAUUGUUGAGCGGCGCAGUCAUGACGUCUCCAUAUUCCACAAUUACCUGCGCGCGUUCUACCCCUUCCAACCGAAUGCAGGAGUUUCUUCAUCGACGGUUACUCUACCCUUGGACCAAGGGGAUAUAAUCCUGGUGCAUUCAAUUCAUACCAACGGCUGGGCUGAUGGUACUUUGCUGGACAGCGGUGCUCGUGGCUGGUUGCCGACAAACUAUUGCGAGGCAUACGACCAGGUUCCUAUGCGACCCUUGCUAAAAUCGUUGACUGAUUUUUGGGACACUAUUCGUGGGGGGUCCGUGUCCACCCUCCAUCAGUUUACCAAUCAAGAUUAUAUGAGGGGACUGAUAGCUGGUGUACGGUUUUUACUGGAAAAAUCCGAAUGCUUGACACGAGAUUGCCACUUAGUCCAGAAAUUUGAUAACUUGCGGAGAAACAGAAAGGCGCUCCUUUCAGAUCUGUCCUCCUUGGUAAAACUAGCAAAAAAACUACAAGAUGUUGCGAAUGGCGGGGAACUUGAUGGGUCUCUGGACACGAUCUUCGACCAGAUGCUGUUCAAAGCUUUCAAAAUCAUUACCCGAGGAGUACGGUUCCUGGAUGUCUGGAAUGAAGAGAUUGGUCUAAGUAGAGCCAUCGCAGAGCUGGAUGUUCCAUCCGUAAGCCUCGGCCACGAUAUAUACGACGUGCCAUUAACACCACCUGUGGACGCGUCGUUCUCGCCCGGGCCUACUAUGGGAUCUACGGUUUCCUCUGGUUUAUCCUUUAGCAUCAAUGGGGUCAGCACCGAUCUAGACCAAGGGGACUACUCGGAGGGUACCCACGGUUCAAUCGAGCAGGCAGGAUUGUACAACGCCCAUAAUGCUCGAAAACCGCAAUCCAUCCAGCCCAAGAGGAUAUCUAUUUCACACCGUAUAUCUUACAACGGAUCAUCCUCCACUCAAAAUCCUAAGCUUGCCUCCACGCUACUUGCCUCCGCCUACGAUGAAUUCCUUGGUGUGCUUGGUUCAUUUAUUGGUCUCCAUCUUCAAUCUCGGUCUUCGACCGAACUUCUUCUGACGACACAAAAGGCAACGCAGUCCUGUCGAACAUUGCUCACGAUAGUCGGAACUAUAUGCGAGCGGGAUCUCCAUCGUUCGGACCUCCUGGAACGAUCUAAAAAUACGUUGUAUGAUAGGAUUACGGAGCUUGUCCAUGCAACUCGGGAUGUCUUUCGACCAGCAAACGCCACAGACGACGAGGUUGUAUUCAUGCCAGAUGAGGGAAAGAGGCUUGUUGAUGCAGUGACUGGGUGUGUUCGAGGAGCUGGCGACUGUGUUGCGAAGGCAAGAUAUAUAUUUGAGCUGAGUGGUGAUUUUGAGCUAGAAAGUAUAGGGCUCGGUAUUACUGGAUUGAAUCCGGACAAGCAUGAAAGCUCUACUGACAGCCGGUACAUUGAUGAUUCGGAAGAUCAAGCAAAUGGAGAUGACCAAAUGGAAAAUGUGGAUGAUGGCAAUGAGGUCUCUGUGCGGUCGGCCUUGCCACGCAUCCUAAUACCAAACAAACAACUCCCUUUUACCCCGGACCUGACUGGUGGUGCUACUCCAUCCUCUGAAUACACCAGCGCAAUGGCCCAAACACCAACCUCAGCGCUAGGCGAACCACUGAACUUGGAUAUUUCUUCAUACGAUCAUCUUGCGGAUGCCUCUGCUUCUUCUGAACAUAGCAAUGCUUUUGCUCCUUACCAUGCUACUUCCCCUGAAGAUUCCCAUCCCUCAGAUAUGUGCUAUGCCGGGACGACGGCGGAUUUGACAAGUGUAGCAAGCGAAACGACUUACGUGGACAGUAUUCGAGAUUCGGAGGUGAGUACUGUUUCCCAGGCGUCGACUCGAGUCACAACACCCGAUUUCAACAAACCACUCCCAUCCGCCGUUGCCCACAGCAGCUUACAGAGUUCUCAGUCAACCCUAAUCGAGGAAGGCGAUGAUGGGGAGAAUUUGUUGGAAAAGACUUACGCCCAGGAGCUCAUGUUCAAGGACGGCCAGGUAAUCGGAGGUAGCCUUAGGGCCCUCAUCGAAAAACUGACUGCUCACCAAUCCACCCCCGAUGCUCUUUUUGUUUCCACCUUUUACCUCACGUUUCGACACUUUGCAACGCCUACCGACUUUGCUGAAGCGUUGAUGGAUCGUUAUGAUUAUAUUGGGGAUAAUCCCGAAGCUGCUGGUCCCGUUCGUCUUCGAGUCUACAAUAUCUUUAAGGGUUGGCUUGAGUCACAUUGGCGCCAUGACUGUGAUGAUGUCGCUCUUCCCUCAAUACUGAAGUUUGCUCGGAGCAAACUGAUGCUCGUCUUGCCCUCGGCGGGGAAUCGGCUUGUGGACCUUGCAGAAAAGGUAUCCACUGUGCAUGGCCCAGUGGUUCCACGGCUUGUGUCUUCCAUGGGCAAAACAAAUACGGCUGUUGGCCAAUAUGUUAGCCCCGAUGUUCCUCUUCCACCACCACUCAUAUCUAAGAGCCAACUAAACCUAUUGAAACAAUGGAAAGCUGGGGGUCAGCCUAUCACUAUACUGGACUUUGAUGCUUUGGAACUGGCGCGACAGUUUACGCUCAAGGAGUCUAGGAUAUUCUGCUCCAUCCUUCCAGAAGAACUGCUAGUUAAUGUCCGAGCCAUGUCGACGUUGUCGACAGACCUAGCUAAUCUCGUAGCCGAUUGUAUUUUACAACAAGAGGAGCCCAAAAAGAGAGCCGUUAUCAUCAAACAAUGGGUCAAGGUCGCGUCUAAAUGCUUGGAAUUGAAUAACUACGAUUCUCUAAUGGCGAUUAUCUGCUCCCUUAAUUCCUCUACCAUUUCUCGGCUGAGACGCACUUGGGAGCUGGUUUCACACAAGACGAAGAUUUUGCUGGAACAAUUGAGGGAAAUUGUGGAUGUUUCUAGAAACUAUGCUGUUCUUAGACAACGGUUGCAGGGCCAUGUGCCUCCAUGCCUACCUUUUGUCGGAACCUACCUAACCGACCUGACCUUCGUGGACCACGGAAAUCAAGACACACGAGCACUCCCGACUGGCGAUGGAAGCAAAUUGGUCAUUAAUUUUGAUAAACAUAUGAAAACAGCGAAGAUCAUCAGUGAACUUCAGCGUUUCCAGAUACCGUACCGACUUGCUGAAGUUCCUGAACUGCAGACUUGGAUACAGGAUCAGCUCGUUCGCGUCCGUUCUGCGGGAGAGAAAAGCUUUCAGAAUUACUAUCGACGCUCCCUAGUCUUGGAGCCCAGAGAACAGCCCCUCCAGCGUAGUAGCCCUCGAGAGCCCAACCCAGCUUUGGCUCGUGAAACUCCCAAGGACAAGUUCGAUUUCCUCUCGUGGGCCCAUAGUUCCAAGACGAAGACGGUUACUUCUCAGGGCUAG